AUGUCUUCAGACAAAUUGCGACCCUUUUUGUGGUCUCUGUUGACCAUCAUAUCGACGAACCCCUCGUUGUAUGACUCGAGAGGAAUGGUUGGCUCAGUAGACCUGUUGACACGAUUGCGGCGCUCGAUGUCCGCCCGAUCGCACAGGUCUUCGCCCAUGAAAUGUGUGGCCAAACGACUGCUCGACAGAGUGAUCAUCGGUUUGGACCGCAAUGUGAAGACUCCGUGCGGUUUCUGUUUCGUUGAAUACCUGUCCCGAGAGUCGGCCGCUAAUGCCAUGCGUUAUGUGAACGGCACGCGUCUCGACGAUAGGAUUAUACGCACGGAUUGGGACACAGGUUUCAUUGAGGGCCGGCAGUACGGGAGGGGUAAGAGUGGGGGACAAGUGAGGGAUGAGUACCGCACCGACUAUGACGACGGGAGGGGAGGCUUCGGGAAAAUCAUGAGCUUUAAGAUGGGCCCUCCUGUCAACUGA